AUGGGAAAUGCCAGAUCUUUAAAGACCCAUUGGGCCAGGCCAGUGUGCAGCAAUGGUUGGAACGAGGCGAUUACGGUCAGUCUACUACGUGGUAUCCUUAGUGAGGCAGAGGCCAAGGUCAUUGUUGAAUGUUUAUCGAAUACUGACAGGGCUGCGCGAGACAAACUUGUUUAUAACAAAGACCCAAACAAACGUACCCAACAGCUUGAUUGA